AUGGAUGAUACAUUCUUUGAGAAUAUAACCAGCAAAAUAUCCGCUAAAGUCACUGCAAGCAUUGGGGAACAACUGGCUACAAUGAACCAGAAGUUAGAUAAUAUGGAAGCCAAAAUUAAUGAUGAACUGAUUCGAAUUGCGACUGUAGAGAAAAUGUCAAUUUCAAAUAGGACAGACAUUGUUAAACUUUCUGAUGAGAUGGAUGAUAUGGAACAAUUUCGUAGAGCCAAUUCUCUGCGAUUUAUAGGUGUUAAAGAAGAAGAAAAUGAAAAUGUGCUAACAACUGUUCUUAGCAUUAUAAAUAAUGGUCUGAAAGUCAAGUGUUUACCCUCCGACAUCAACAAUGUUUUCAGAGUCGGGAAAAUCAAAAACGAAACACCAAAACCGACCAGACCAAUAGUUAUCGAUUUUAUUAGCUAUAUGAAACGGAAUGAAAUAUUCCAAAUUAAAAAAUCGAUAAAAGGAAGUGGAAUUUACAUCAACGAGAAUCUCACUAGUGCACGUUAUAAGCUACUAGGGCAAGCGAAGGAAAAAUACGGCAAACAAGAAGUAUGGUCCCAAGGAGGAAGAGUAUGUGUGAAACAAAAUGGAACUAUCAGAAUGAUAAAGAAUGUAGAAGACUUAUAA